AGCUGAUGCAGACGGAGAUGCACCACGUGCGGACGCUGAAGAUCAUGCUGCGCGUUUACGUCCGGGAGCUGAAGGAGAACCUGCAGAUGGACUCUGGGAAGCUGGACUGUCUGUUCCCCCGCCUGGAGAACCUCCUCGAGCUUCACACACACUUCCUGUCUCGCCUCAAAGAGCGGCGGCGAGAGAACCUCACUUCGCCCAACGAGAGGAACUACUCCAUCAACAGGGUGGCCGACAUUCUGAUCACACAGUUCUCAGGUGAGGUGGGGGGGAGGAUGAAGGAAAGCUAUGGAGAUUUCUGCAGUCACCACACCGAGGCUGUCAGCUACUACAAAGAACAGCUGCACAACAACAAAAAGUUCCAAAACAUCAUUCGGAAAGUCAACAACCUGUCCAUUGUGCGGAGGUUAGGAGUGUCCGAGUGCAUCCUGUUGGUGACGCAGCGCAUCAUGAAGUACCCGGUACUAGUGGAGCGCAUUAUCCUCAACACUGAAG